ACCGGGAACACUUCCGAAAGUGAACUUUUUGUGUUAAAAAAAAUAAAGAAAUGCCAAGCAAAAAGAAAAAAUACAAUUCACGAUUUCCACCGGCGCGAAUCAAGAAGAUUAUGCAAACCGAUGAAGAAGUCGGGAAGGUUGCAGCCGCUGUACCAGUGAUAAUUUCUCGAGCACUUGAAAUGUUCAUACAGUCACUUAUUUUAAAAUCAAGUGAGACAACAACUGCAAGAAAUGCAAAGACAUUAACUCCUUCACAUAUAAAACAAACAAUUCAUACAGAAAAGAAUUUCGACUUUCUUCACGACUUGGUAUCCAACAUUCCUGAUCACCAGCCAGAGGAUGACUCUGUUAAUUCUGGUGAACCUAAGAGGUGUAAAAGUGGCAGACCAAGGAAGUGUGAGCCAGGCAGUUCAAGAAAAAGAAAAGAUAGAAAAGAAUCAACUGAAAGCUCUGAAGCAAAUCAGGAUGAUGAAGAGACAGAAACCGAUGAAGAUCAAGAUCAUUAUGAAAGUGAUAACUCGAGGCUGGCUCCUUCAACAAGUGUUCAAGCGACCAUCUUGCCGGCUGCAUGCAAUUCUCACACAAUGAUUCCAUCCAGUUCACAUCAAUCACCAUUCUCUCACCUACCUGGCCUGCAGCAACAGCCUAACCCAGCAUCUUUUGGCAGUAUACCACCAUUCCCAAAUCCUCUGCCAUUGAUGUCUCAAGCUGCACCUUAUUUUCCUGUACCAGCAAUGGGUGGAAUGCCAUCUCUUCCACCAGUUAUCCCAGGCAUGGCUUGGUCUUCUCAGUUUGCAUCCCCAUCAGAUACAUCAGCAAAGUCAGACACUCAUAACCAUUCUCAUACGUGGAAGUCAGAACAUGGCUUGAAACAAGAUGACGAUUACGAUACUUGAAAUUAAGACCAUGUUGCUCAAACUAUAGUAGAGUGUACAAGAUUCCUUGAAAAGCUGUUUGCACGGGUCCUUGAAAGCACUUGUGAAGUGCUCGAGUUUUAAAAUAUAAAUUCAGGGCUUAAAAGUACCUAAAAUAUAGCUGUUUUUGUGCCAGGUGGUUUGAAAGUCUUUUUAUUUGUUAAUGAGUGUGUAAGUACGAUUUUACUUACUGAUGAAUUUAGUAACCGUAUACAUGGAUGCUAUUUACUUUCAAUAGGGCUUAUGAACAGUUUUAUUGAUAGCUCAAAGGUAUUGUUUGUUUUUUUAAUUUUUUUACUUUAGUGUAUGAAGAAAAACAAAACAAAACUUUUAUUUUUAGAUCAAGUGACCUAUUGCAAUGUUUUUGUGCAUUUCAGUCGUGCGUAAACCUUUCACUACUUGACCAAUUGGUCAUUCUUAUCCUUCAGGAGCCUAAAGGGUGGUGCCUAGUAGAAGAAAAUUAAGCCAAUUAGUAGUACUAAGCAUUUCCUGUAAUGUUUUGUGUCAUUGGAAUUGUACGUGUUAUUGAAUGGUGGGCGUUGUUUGUUAAGAAUUAUGUAUCCUUAAGGUUAAGCAGUUGUUAAAACUUUGUGCUGAAUGUUUUUGUGCAUCUCAGCCGUGCGUAAACCUUUCACAUUUUCAGCUUCUUCUCCAAAACUACUUGACCAAUUGGUCAUUCUUAUCCUUCAGGAGCCUAAAGGGUGGUGCCUAGUAGGAGAAAAUUAAACCAAUUUGAUAACAAAUCUUCUCUUCUUCCAUAAAGGCAGGAUGUUGCCCAGUGGUAAAGAUCUCACUUGAUUUGCGGUCGGUAUGGGAUUGAUCCCCGUCAAUUGGCCCAUUCAGCA